AUUUUCGUACGAGAUUUUCUGCGGUGCGGACGGGAACGCUGCAAAAUAAUCUGGAAAAAGAAUUGAAAUUUGUGAUCACUGCAGUGCACUGACGACUAGAAAAAAUACGAAUACCAUUCCAUUGUAGGUAGAAGUGUGUAAAACCUUGAUUUAUCAGUCGUAAUAACGCGGGGCGUUAUCAGCAGUUCGAGAGAGUGUAAACAUCCAAUCGCUGGAUUGGGAUUCUUCCCGAGGGUUUCCUAGGAUUACUGUCCCUGUAUAUACAAAGAGGACCUUGAAGAAACUGUUGGUGCUUUAGGCCAGCUAGGGAAAAGCUGCGACAGGGCAAAUUAGCAUAACAAUUUGCUUACGACACAAAUCUUCGAAGGAACAGUGAACCAGCUGUUUGUGGAAUUCCCAUCGGAACGCAGAUUGUGGAAGAAGUGGGUGUGAAACGGGUCCGGAAGGCGUAACCAGAGUUGCUGUUUGUCAUACAACUUCCAGGUUUAACUAGAAGCAGCUUGAGUGUGGUUGUUUGAGCCACUCAUACCAAGACAGCUGCUGUAGACUAAGAAGACACUUAGUGGAGGAAGAUGAGUUAUUCCUCGUUCGAUAAUAAUGGGACCGGGUCCAACUCGAACACGAAAGAAGCGGACUUCCAGAAGUUGGCCCAAACCAUCGCCACCAGCAUCCAAAAGAUUCUGCAGAAUGUUUCGUCCAUGCAACGGAUGGUCAACCAGUUCGGAACGGCCCAAGAUUCACCCGAGCUUAAGCAGCAACUUCACCAGAUCCGGACGUACACCCAGCGGCUGAUCACCGACACGAACAACCUUCUGAACGACCUGGUCAACUGCAAGGAACGGCACCUGAAAAUCCAACGGGAUCGGCUGGUCGAUGAGUUCACGGCGGCCCUCAAUGCAUUCCAGAAGGUGCAACAGAAGACGGUCGAUCUGGAGAAGAAUGCCGUGCGGCAGGCCAGGGGAGCGCACGUGACCCUGAACAAACCGCCUGGGUCCAACCAUUCCAGCAUGGGGUCCUCCGCCAACUACAACAACGCGUCGAUGUUCGAGGACAAUUUUGUGAGCGGCCAGCGGGGGCAGACGCAGGAACAGCUGCAGGAGGAGAUCGAUCUGCAGGCGCUGGAGAACCAAGAGCGCACUAUUCGGGAAUUGGAGGAAAACAUUGUUAGUGUGAACGAAAUUUACAAGAAACUUGGCACGUUGGUUUAUGAGCAGGGCCAUACGGUGGACUCGAUCGAAGCAUCUGUGGAGCAAACGAGCGUAUUUGUGUCCGAAGGAGUGCAGCAGCUGAAGCAAGCGAGUCACUAUCAGAACAAAGCCCGCAAAAAGAAGCUGAUCUUAGCGCUGAUAGCUGCGGCCAUUCUGGCCUUCAUCAUUCUAAUCAUCAUCAUACGGAACUAGGGACGGCUCCUCUGAACUGUUUGCACCCCUGGCGGAUUGGUUAGGAUUAGUUUGUAAAUGUACCUAUAAAUUACCUAGAUACAGUUAUUGGAUAAUUGCGCUAUACCAAGUCGGAAAAGGUGUAAGAUUUUGACGCGCGCCAUUUUUCACUGAAUCUGUUCUUUUUCUGAACCUUAUAUGUUUUAACUGUUGUAGCGAUUGACUAGUCGUUACGAACACCCACUCUGUGACUGUGCCCUAUUUAUUAGAUUUGUUUUUAUUUUCGAUUCUGCAAAAUUUGCUACAAAAAGUGUUUCGAAGGGCGGUUCCGUCCUGCGGAAAGUGAUAACGCUGUAACCACAGAUAGAGAUAAAUCAAUUUGAAUAGAUGUGCUAAAGGCAAUAUUCCGAUGAAUGGAACAGGUGAGUUUUGAGUUUCCUGCUGAAGCGAAUUAUUUGAUAUUAUCUAACCAUUUACUACUUCUAUUAUUUAUACGAAUGUGAAUCUAUUGAUUACGUUCCAAAUGCAUACGGCCCACACUGUAUUAUUAUUACUUAUCUAUAUCACGACUGUUCUAAUAGGCAUAGAUAAAUUAAACAAACACGCAUGCGAAGGAAGGAAAUCCUAAAUAAAAAAGUUUAUAAUUUGAAGAUGAUACAACUAUAAUAUAUGAAUACAUUCACUCGAAGAA